CGGCUAAACAUAAGGUCAAAAUAACCAGUUGAAUAAUGCCUGUAUCUUGAAAACUUUUUCUGUUUUUACAUUUUUGUUUUACCUAUUUGAAACUAUACUAAAAUAGUUGAUAUUUUGGAAAUUAAUUCGCGUAUGAGCAGUGACUUUAGUGACUAGUAGUGACCGAAAGUGAAGCUUCACGAGUGAUAAACAAGACGUUAGGAGGGCGCGGUUUUGUGCUAGUAUUACAGAAUACUACAAUUAUUACAAAAUCCACAGCCGGACACCAAAUAUAACUGAAAGAAUAGCGUGAAGUUCCUCAAGGUACCUGUGAAGCCAAAGUUUAGAGUUGCGACCAUCCAAUAGAAUCGUCGAAUUUAGAAUUGAUAUAUGAGCAAAUAUAACACAUCAAUCGGUUGUGUUGCGUUAUCAUAUAAUUUGCCCUCAUAUCAGCUAAAAGAUACCAAAAUGAGGGCACAUUUGUUAAGAAGGUAUGCCCGCCAAGUUUCUACUGCUUCGCCCGUUCGGCGUUUAUGCACUGCUCCUAUGAUUACUCCUGGCAAAGUUGACGACGGAAUAAAUGACGAACCCUAUAUAAAACUCACGGAGCUUGGCGUCUUCAACAGUCCAACACUGGAGUCUCAUACUUCGUUAAUAGUUCCUUCGCUUCUUCGCAAAAAUGUCGUUUUAAUUCAUCCCAUCCUGAAGAGGAUUCCGAAAGCUGCACUGAAUACUACAACUCAGCUCCAGGUUGCCGAAGCAAAGGCUUUGGUAGCAACGAUUGGUAAUCACUGGAACUUAUGUGAAACUAUCGCAUUGAAUACACAAGCGGAACAAAAACGCGUCCUUUUUGGAACAGGAAAUUUUUCUAUCAUACGCGAUGUCAUAAACGAGCGCCAGCGAAGAUCACCCAGUGUCGUAGCAUUUUUUAAUGUCACCAUGCUCACGGCAGUCCAACAACAUACGUUGCGCCAAGAGCUCGGCGUUGACGUAUACGACAGGUACAUGCUCGUCUUACUGAUCUUCAAGCAGCACGCCCGUACGAAAGAGGCCAAACUGCAGACCUCGCUUGCAGAACUCUCAUACUAUCGUCAACGGAUGAAACUUCACGGAUCAACAGAUAUGCUGGUCCAGCUUGAGCAGCGGGAAGGUCAUGUAAAAAGAGAACUAGAAUAUAUUCAGGGACAUCGAAGCUUGUUAAGAAAGAAAAGACAGAAGCUACAAUUGCCCGUUGUGGCCGUCGUCGGAUAUACAAAUGCAGGGAAGACCUCGCUCAUCAAAAAAUUUACGGAUUCCAACAAACUCGUACCGCUUAAUCAGUUGUUCGCCACCCUCGAUGUAACCUGUCAUGAGGGCUAUCUACCGAAACUCUCAAAGAUUAUUUACAUAGAUACCGUAGGAUUCAUCAGCGAUAUCCCUACCCAGUUGAUAGCAAGUUUCCGAGCUACCCUCGAAGAUGCGUUGCUGGCUGAUCAGUUGGUGCAUGUAUUUGACAUAAGCCAUCCUGACCUCGAGAGGCAAUGUGAAACUGUCCUCAAAACACUCCAGAGUAUUGAGACAUCCGCAAAGCUCAUGGACACCACCAUUCAUGUCGGAAAUAAGGUGGAUCUCAUUGAUGAUGCAGAUUUAAUGAUGUCACGCGCAGAGCGAGUUCUCGGUCGGUCCGCCGUCAGCGCUUCAGCAGUGACGGGCCAAGGUAUCAGUGACGUAUUAGCCAAUGUUGAAGAUAGUAUCAUAGGUAACACUGGCCGCAAGACUGUCAAGAUUCGAUGUGCAAUUGGAACUGAAGUGUACAGUCAUAUCCUCCGUUCGAGCAACUCGGUGAAAAGCAUGUCCGUUGACGAAGUGAAUAUGAACUACACGACUCUCGAAGUUGUCAUUACAAGCGCUGCCUUAAGCAAGCUGCAGGCUAAAUAUUGUUCAAAUGAAGAUGUUACAUUUCCGUGAUAAUUGUAUUUAAAUAUAAGUUAGAAUUUUUCAGAUAAGUGAAAUAAAGACUGGUUAUCACUGGAGUAGUUCGAUAACGCUGGGUGAUUUUUUGUAAUGCUCA